AUGCCAACCAACAAUCACCUGAUGAAGCUGGAGUGGAAAGAGGGGAAAAUGGAGAAGCAGCAGCACUUACAGAAGUCACAGCAGCUGGAAGAAACUGAAAUAAGGAAACAGCAUCAUAUAGAGAAGGAGCAGGAAUCUCAGGAGAAGCUGGUGAAAAAGCAGCAGCUGAAAGAGCAAGAAAAAGCGAUGCAACUAGAGAGGGAGAAAAACAAGCAACUACAGCAGAAGCUGCAACUGGAGCAGCCUCAGUUGAGAGAAAAGAAGAAUCUCCCGCUAUCAGCGUCUCUGCCACGCUAUUUAUGGCACUCGCUGGGCCAACAAACCCAACUGGCAGCCUCAUCAUGUUGGCGCCAUCGGGCAGCCGGCAACACAGCCAGCAGCUGGUUGGUAGUGUUACUGCUCUUAUCAACCCUUUGGCCGGACUGUGAGUGCCUUCAUGGCGCCAAAUUAAGCAACAGCACGGUGAAGACAAAGUAUGGCCUGCUGCGCGGCAUUGUGGUGCGUUCCACGCCCCUUGUGGAGGCGUUCCUUGGCAUACCAUAUGCAUCUCCGCCCGUGGGCAGUCUCAGAUUUAUGCCACCCAUAACGCCGUCGACGUGGAAAACGGAACGAAACUCGGAUCGAUUUUCGCCAGUUUGCCCACAAAAUGUUCCCAUACCGCCCAAUGGACCAGAGGCCCUGCUGGAGGUUCCACGUUCCCGACUCGCCCAGCUGCGACGGCUGUUGCCGCUGCUGAAGAACCAAUCGGAAGACUGCCUAUAUUUAAAUAUCUAUGUGCCCUAUCAAAUGCAUUCCAGUUCUGAAAGCUCGCUCUCCACUGUAGUCUUUAUACAUGGUGAAUCUUACGAUUGGAACUCUGGCAAUCCCUACGAUGGCUCUGAGCUGGCCGCCCAUGGCAAUGUCAUCGUUGUGACAAUCAAUUUUAGACUGGGCAUCUUUGGUUUCCUUAAAACAGGCGGCAAGGAGAGUGCCCAGGGUAACUUUGGUCUAAUGGAUCUCGUUGCCGGCCUGCAUUGGCUUAAGGAGAAUCUUCCAGCAUUUGGUGGACAUCCACAGAGCAUUACGCUACUCGGUUAUGGCACUGGCGCUGUCUUGGCCAACAUCUUGGCCGUCUCACCCGUGGCCAGUGAUCUUAUACAACGUGCUGUGCUCAUCAGUGGAACUGCUCUUUCACCCUGGGCCAUACAGAAGAAUCCUCUCUUUGUGAAACGUCGCGUGGCGGAGCAAACUGGUUGCCAUGGCGAUAUGCUCUAUGAUGAUCUGGCGCCCUGUUUGCGAACCAAAAGCGUUGCUGAAUUGCUCUCAGUUAAGAUCGAUCAUCCGCGUUUCCUAGUUGGCUUUGCUCCUUUUGUGGACGGCACUGUGAUAUCGCCCAAUACCGAUGGCAUGUCCAGCACAUCCCUGCCGCUGGGCUCAGCUAUAGUUAGUACUUCAGGAAUUGAAUAUGCAAACUUUCCAAAACGUGACCUCAUCUUCUGUCUAACAUCUGUGGAAUCCUAUCUGGAUUUGAGUGCUCAGGAUCUAGAAUUUGGCUUUAAUGAAACACGAAGGGAUCGCAUUCUGCGAACCUUUGUACGCAACAAUUUCCACUAUCAUCUGAACGAAAUAUUUGCGGUGUUAAAGAACGAAUACACGGACUGGGAGAAGGCUAUCAGGAAUCCCUUGAGUUCGAGGGAUGCAACAUUGCAGUUUUUAAGCGAUGGACACACGGCAUCUCCCUUAAUUAAAUUGGGUUACAUGCACAGCUUACGUGGAGGUCGCACAUAUUUUGUGCACUUCAAGCAUCGCACAUUUGAGGAGGAAUAUCCACAGCGCACGGGCUCAGUGAGAGGGGAAGAUGUGCCCUUCUGGCUGGGAUUGCCACUGUCUCCGCUCUUUCCACACAACUACACAACUCAGGAGCGACAAAUUGGUCGCCUAAUGCUGCGCUAUUUGGCCAAUUUCGCCAAGACAGGUAAUCCGAAUCAAUCCACCUCCAAUGAUGCAGUGCCUACCAGAGAAGCAUUGCAUCCACAGCGCAAGCGAUCGGCUCCAAGGUUUCAGGAUUCAAUACCGGGCGAGGCCUUAAACCUGGCCGUCAUCUACAAUCAACGUCGCAGUAAUGCAAUGCACGAGAAACGCUCUUAUUUCCGACGACGUCUAAGAAGUAACGAUGGCGUCCUUCCACAGCUCGGUUCAACGGACAAUGAUCCGGACGUGGGCAGCUAUGAUGGCGAUAAAUUGCCCUUUUGGGAUGCUUAUGAUGUGGUCAAUCAGCUGUACAUUGAAUUGGGAAACAAGGCCAACGUACAAAGUCAUUAUCGUGGCCAUAAGUUGUCCAUGUGGUUGAAUUUGUUACCGCAACUCCAUCGGCAUUUCAACAUAAACGAUCAGUCGAUGCGGCAUCAUCAGUUCCAGGAUGAUCUGAACCAUCGUGAUCUCUAUGAAGGAGUUGUGCGACCUCAACUGCAAACAAAGCCUGCGGAAGAUGACAAUAUCAUCAUUAUCCAAACCACACGAACUACAACCACGACACCUCCGCCAAUUACAAAACAUGAGAAUUCCAAUGCAACAAAUGCAGGGGCAACAACCACGGAAUGUGGCAUCGAUGGCGCCAUGUCCGUUUCCGAAUUAACAACCACACAAUCUCCGAAAGACAAUCGCACACAGACUCAGGUGGAGACACACAAGGAUUUGGCCACUGCAUCCACCGGCAUCAUUGGCAAUCUGGAGCUGCUGCGUCGAUUGAGCGGCAAACAGUUCCAGAGCUACACGACAGCAUUGAUAGCCACUGUGGCCGUUGGCUGUUUCCUGCUCAUACUUAAUGUGCUCAUCUUUGCGGGGAUUUAUCACCAGCGAGAGAAACGGGCAAGAGAUGCCAAGACAAAGGAGGAACUGCAGGAUGGUGAAACCAGCAAGAAUUCCAGCAUAUUGAAGCUAAAUGCUGGUCCAAGCGAUGCCACUGAUGCCUAUACGUUGAGCGGCGCCGUUGUUUCCAAAGAUUCCAAGGGCGGCAUGGGCGUGGUCUUUGGCGAAUAUAGUUGCUAUGAUGAGAAGACCAAUAAGUUGAAGGAGGAGAAGUUACUGGUGGAGUUGCCGCCUCCACCGCCAACAGGCGUAUCGCAGACCACACUAAUGAUGGACAGCUGGGAGCCAUGCUCAACAAGCACUCUGGAUCUACUCAAGACACGUCCUGCGGCUGCUCCAAGUGGCAACACACACAUCGAGAUGGUCAGCUACAAGCCGCUGCCACUGUCAACGGUCAUGGAAUCGAACACUGUGUCGGGCAGCAAACGAGGAUCCUUUUUGGACACAAACUGCGGUCAGCUGCAGUUUGAUUAUGCCGUACAAUCAUCGGAUCAAAUGUCCUUCAAGGCCAUCGAGGAGGCGGUGAAAGCAACUGCCAGCGGUGACUGCGAAAUCACGCGUGAUGAUGACAUUCCUGAACCGCCCCCACCGCCGCGAUCGUUUCUAGCUGCCCAGCAGCAGCAGCAACAACAUCAAAUGGGCAUCCUGCGUCAGGCGGGACAAUCUGGAUCAGCAGGUGCCACGGGCAGCGGCAAGAAACGUGUACAUAUUCAGGAAAUCUCCGUCUAACAAGAUGGCUCUAAAUGGAAAUGAAAAGGAGUACUCCAAGUGCCCCUUAAUAUAUGCUUAGUUCUCCUGACUUUUCUAUAAACUGUCUUUAGCUAUACUUUCAUUUUCCCUAUCAUUUUCCUAAUUCUACACUGUCUUUUCAUUCUAGUCUUUUAUACAAAGUGAAAUCUAUCUCUUACUUCCCUGUAGCUUAAAAUGCUUAAAUGAAAUGUGUUAAAGACAAGGCUGCAAAAUAUCCAAGGAAACUUGCAAGGAAGCUUGCUAGUGAAAGAAUAAAUGGGGAAUCCCCAAAGCUGUAGAAAAUUGGCAGCCUACGUUAAAGAUAUAUGUACCUAUCUUGUCUGUUUGUACAUUAUGUAAAUGUUCCUUGUAGUCGUGUGUCGCGUGCAUUAACUAACCAGAUUAUGUAAGCCUCAUGUACUAUAUAUGAUUAUUAUUAUAAUAAUAAUGUAUUGUAUUUAGAUUGGAAUUGUUUUUCAAUAUGUGUGUGUAUAGUUUAUGCUCAUUUGACUAUAGUUAAGAAUUCGUAACGUAUUUUAUUAUUAUUAUUAUUAUUAUAUAGUAUAUUUAUUGUACUGUAAUUGCUUGUUAUGUAUUUAAUAAUAAUUAGCAAAAUCAAAACAAAGAAGGUAAUUAAAGAAUGUACAAGU